AUGGAAACACAUAACGAUUUUCCUUUCGAAUUCCGGUCCGACGAAAAUAAAGAUAAGGAAUUGCGAAAAUAUUAUAUUGGAACGACAUGGACACAAGAAUUGGUAUGGCUUUUAGUAAAUGAUUUGGAUUACGUAAAGGCAGCUGCCGAAACUCUCACGUCAAGAUAUACAUUUUUAGAAUUUCCAAUGUUCAUGAAUAAAGAUGUAGUAAGCGAUCUUAAAAGUGCAAAUGCCGAUAACGAGGAGGGGAAAAAAAUAAUUGAUUAUUUGAGCAAGCCUGUCUCUGAAGUAAUCGCCGAAAAACCAUCGCCACGUUUUAUCAAAACUCACCUUCCCAUGACUCUGCUGCCACCUCGUAUACUCGAUACUGCUAAAGUUGUAAACAUGAUUCUUUGGACACCAUUCUUUGAUCAUUUGAAAGAAGCAUGGGAUUUGCGUAAUCACCCCAACUUGCUGUUUUUAUUCUACGAGGAUCUUUUAAAGGAUUUGCCUCGCAUCGUGCGCCUUGUUGCUGAGUUUCUUGGUAAAGAGUAUAAUGAUGAACAAAUUGCCGGCUUAUGCUCACAUCUCCAUAUUGAUAACUUUAGAAAAAACCCUUCUGUCAACAUGGAUGAAAUGAAGGAGUUGAAUAUGUUUCUACCAAAUGAAACUUUUGUUAGAAAGGGCAAAGCUGGCGGUUGGCGUGAGUACUUCGACGACGAAAUGGCCCAGGAAGCUGAACGCUGGAUCACGGAUAAUUUAAAAGACACUGACUUACGGUUUCCAUCCGCACAAUAG